AUGGCCAACCAGAACAUCUCCUCCCAAUUCAGCCUUUGUGAUCCUUUCUGGACUCAGCACUUGACCGGACUUUAUGUUGCUGUGUUCAUCGGUGGCGUGACCGGCAUCUUCUGCAUCCUGUUUGUACUAGUGAAGAUGAACUCGAGGUCCGUGACCACCACGGCUGUCAUCAACCUGGUGGUGGUACACAGCGUCUUCCUUCUGACAGUUCCGUUCCGUCUUAUCUACCUGGUCAAGAAGAAGUGGUACUUUGGGCUGUCCUUCUGUAAGAUAGUGAGCGCCAUGCUGCAUGUUCACAUGUACCUUACCUUCCUGUUCUAUGUGGGCAUCUUGGUCAUCAGGUACCUCAUCUUCUUUAAGCGCAGGGACAAGGUGGAGUUCUACCGCAAGCUGCAUGCUGUGGCUGCCAGCACCGCCAUGUGGGUGCUGGUGAUCGUCACCAUCAUGCCACCGCUGCUGACCCAGUAUGGCUCCCGAGGGGCAUACAAUGACACCAAGUGCUUUGAGUUCCAGGAAGAACUGAAGGAAAACUAUGUAAAGGUCGUCAACUACGUGGUGGUCAUUGUGGUCAUCACCAUUGCCAUCACCCUCAUGGCCUUCCAAGUUUUCAUCCUCGUGUCCAUGGGGAAGAAGCUGCGCCGUGCUUGGUUGUCCCACCAGGAGUUCUGGGCCCAGCUGAAGAACCUCUUUUUCAUUGGGGUCAUCUUCAUUUGCUUCCUUCCUUAUCAGUUCUUCAGGCUGUACUAUCUCCAAGACCACGCCCCCAAGGACCUGUGCCACCCAGCCAUGCUGUAUAACGAGAUUUUCUUGAGCGUGACUGCCAUCAGCUGCUUUGACUCACUGCUCUUUGUCCUUGGAGGGAGCCACUGGUUCAAGCAAAAUGUCACCGAGCUCCUGAGCUCAUGCUGUUAG